AUGGGUCAGUUUAAAUGUUGCUGCGUAGGCACUUUGUGGUGUAAUGUUUUUCUACUACUCAUCACAAUCGGCUACCGGAGCGGAAGCGGCAGUGGUACGCUCGUGUUUGCACAAGGCCAUAAUCAACCAGAUGAGCCGGAGCCGGAGUUCUUGGCGCAAUUGACCAACUUUUCAGUGCCGCAAGGGCGCGAUGUCUCAUUCACGUGCGUGGUCAACAACUUGGGCCAGUAUCGGGUUGCUUGGAUUAAGUCCGACUCGAAAGCAAUACUCGGCAUUCACACCCAUAUGGUGUCACUUAAUCCCAGAUUAUCAGUGACACACAAUGGGCACAACACCUGGAAACUUCACAUAUCCCACGUGCAGCUCAACGAUUCAGGCAGCUACAUGUGCCAGGUGAACACAGAUCCCAUGAAGAGUCUGUCUGGCUAUUUGGAUGUUGUAGUGCCGCCGGAUAUUCUAAAUCAUCCGGAACAAAAUCUCGAAGAGGGUAUCUGCAAUGAAGGUGGCACAAUCGUGCUCAUCUGUAGUGCUACAGGCGUCCCUGAACCGACUGUGCAAUGGCGACGUGAGGGCGCUAAGGAUAUAGUUCUACGAACGGAGACAAGAGAGAAACAAGUGGUCAAAACGGUGGAGGGUGAGCGGCUCGUGCUGACGAAUGUGCAUCGCACCGACAUGGGCGGUUAUUUGUGUAUUGCCUCGAAUGGUGUACCGCCGUCCGUGAGUAAGCGCUUCGACGUGCAUAUCAAUUUUCCACCGUCAAUUAAGGCUGUCAAUCAGCUGUUGGGCGCCCCCGUUGAACGUGAAGUCACACUUGAAUGCAUUGUCGAAGUGUAUCCGAAACCGCUCAAUGGCUGGUAUCGCAACGAAGGUAACUUAAAACUGCAUAGUAGCAACAAGUACAACAUAUCGGAGGCCAUGAUUAACUUGUACACGUGGCAUCUCAACCUGACAAUACGUCAUCUGACAAAGGCCGACUUUGGCGCCUACACUUGUUCCAGCGUCAAUGCGUUGGGCAAAAGCGAAGCGCGGAUACGGCUGCAAGAACUGCGUUUACCGCCCAAACCGACAACAACGCCAACACCUUACGUUUACACCACGCCGAAGCCGCGCCGCAAACCGCCAACGAACCAUCAGAACAAAGGACUCAACGAAGUGGUGCGCGCCAAGGAGACCCAUCACGUCACAAAUCAAAUGCAGGAAAAUGACAUCUACACCGGUCUGAGUGGCACUGGCGGUGCCUUCUUUGGCAGUGCCAACACGCUCAGCAGCAACGGAGCGCUGGGCGAUGCUGCAAUCGUUGCCCUAGGUAACGGUAAUGCGAAUAGCAACAACAACAACCAUGGUAAUGGCAACGGCAACAUCAUCAGCUUGAAUAGCGGCCUGACAAACGGAGCGGAAGUACACACACAACUACCGACACGUAAUGCUGGUGUCUACGAGAAAACGCAAAAAUCGUCGACCGGCGUCGUACCCUCACCGCGCUCUCCGUGGGUCUUCGCGAAUGCUGCAGCGCCACAAAUGCAUUUUAACGCACAGCGACUACUGCACGCGGCAAAUACGAUUACACUCCUCUACGUCGCAUUAUCCUUGUUCAAAUUCAUAUCGAAUGAGUUGUCCGUCGCCACGCUCACAGCCACGACACUAUGGCGAGCGAAUAUCUGA